AUGACACCUAAUAUUACCGACUCUAUCUCAGCCGAAGAGGUUACCGAUGGAUCAAUUACUAAUGGAUUUCAUCAAACAGAAACAUUUAACAAUCACGAACAGUUUUCAAAGUAUGGUUUUGGAACUAGAGCAAUUCACGUAGGUCAAGAACCUGACCCACAUACUGGGGCUGUGAUUCCCGCCAUUUCGCUAUCGACAACUUUUAAACAGUCAUCUAUUGGGGUGCACAAGGGUUUUGAAUAUUCUCGAUCCGAUAAUCCGACACGUCGAUCAUUCGAAGAAGCAGUUGCUGCUUUAGAAAAAGGAAAAUAUGGUCUUGCCUACUCGUCAGGAUCUGCAGUCACCGCAACUAUAGUUAGCACACUUGGCUUUGGCGGACACAUUAUAUCAGUAAACGACGUGUACGGUGGCACGCAUCGAUAUUUCACUAAAGUCGCAGUGAAUCAAGGAAUUGAAACGACAUUUGUGGAUUUAACCAAUCCCAAUAAUAUCAUAUCUGCAUUCAGAGCAAAUACAAAGCUCGUAUGGGUUGAAACACCAACAAAUCCGACUCUUCGACUAACUGAUAUCCGAGAAAUAGCACGGCUUGCUCAUUUCCACGGUGCAAUUCUAGUAGUCGACAACACCUUCAUGAGUCCCUACUUUCAAAAUCCACUAGAAUUAGGCGCCGACAUAGUAGUCCACUCAGUCACCAAAUACAUAAACGGUCACUCGGAUGUAAUAAUGGGUAUCGCGGUAACAAACAACCCCGAAAUCAAUGAAAGCUUACGAUUUUAUCAAAAUUCAAUCGGUGCCGUCCCGUCUGCAUUCGAUUCGUGGCUCGCGAAUCGUGGUUUGAAAACAUUACAUAUACGAAUGCGACAACAUCAAGAGAACGCGAUGGCGGUCGCGCGGCUCUUGGAGAAAUCGAAUAAGGUUGAAAGUGUAAUAUAUCCGGGUCUAGAAAGUCAUCCACAACAUACGUUAGCGAAGAAACAGGCAAAAGGAUUUGGUGGGAUGGUUAGUUUUCGGAUUAAGGGCGGAUUUGAUAGUGCAAAUAAGUUCUUGCAGAGUUUAAAGUUGUUCACGUUGGCUGAGUCAUUGGGAGGAGUUGAAAGCUUGGCAGAACAUCCUGCGCGUAUGACACACGCUUCCGUAUCAGAAGAAAUUAGGAGAGCUCUGGGUGUGACAGACAAUCUCGUACGAUUAUCUGUUGGUAUAGAAGAUAAAGAAGAUCUGUUACUGGACAUUCAACAAGCACUAGAUGCUGCUGUACAUUAA